UUAGACAAAUGUAUAUCUAUGGAAUCUAACUUUUCGGUGUGCCAUGAUUAUCUUGAGGAUGAGGAAGACUUGCUUGCGAGUGUUAUGGCUUUAAGGGGCCAACUAAGGAAAACAGAGAGAAAUUUAGAAGAUUUGGGAGAAGAGCUUUUCAGUUCAUGUGAUGAUUCAGACCAAAGCAUACAUGAGGGAGAACUUGAUUCUUUAACAAUGGAAGACCUUGCUUAUUCAACCAAAUUAAAAAAUUCUUCAGCUCGUAAUGCUGUUAGCAGAGUAUCUUUACAUAAAAGAAGUUCUCCAAGGAAACCCAGGAGCAAAUCUUAUUCAGUAUCUUUUGAUAAAAGCAUGGAAGAAGAAAAUGAACAAUUAAGGGACAAAUUAAAUGUUCUCAGGGAACAAAACACGUUAUUGACUUCCCAGAACCACCAGCUAAUGAACCAGAUGGAAGCUAUAAAAUUUGAACUGAACCAAUCAAAAGCAAAAAUGUCUUUCUUUGAAUCUACUUUGGGUACACACACUGUUAGCAUUCCGAUGCUAGAAGACCAGAUAGCAAGCUUGGAAGCAGAAGUUCAAGCUCAGGAUAAUGUUUUGAAAGAGAGAGAAGAGAAAUUAGUGCAAAGCCAUGAUAUAGUAAUGGAACAAGAAUAUGCUUUGCAGAAGUUCAAGGAGGAAUAUAAAAAAAUGAAAGAUGAUUUACUUGAAUGGAGCAAAUAUGGAAAGAGAGCUGAACAGCAAAGAAACGAAGCUCUAUAUAAUGCUGAGGAGCUUACAAGAACUUUUCAAAAGUACAAAGAAAAAAUAACAGAAAAACUGGAAAAGGUUCAGGAUGAAGAACAAAUUUUAGAAAGCAAGCUAAUGAACUGUGUAAAAGAAAAGGAAAAGUUGCAGGCACAAUGUGAUACCUAUAGAAGCGAGCUUGAAAACAUGAAAGAACAAAUGAGAAAAUUAGCUGAAGAGAAUUGUUUUGGAAAAGAGAACCUAAAGAGCAUUGAAGCCAAAACCUCUGAACUUGAAACGCUUCUAACACAUUCCCAGAAGAAGAUCGUUGUGCUGGAAAAUAGACUUCAAGAGCAAAAUGCAUUAGCCGAAGCCAAAAAUACACUAAUACAAGAAAACGCUGACUUAAAAGUUUUCAUUGCAGAGCAAAAUGAUCAUCUUAAGUCAUGUCAUCAAGAAAUUGAAAAUUUAAAAACUGAAAAGACUAUUUUAGAAAGUGCUGCUUUCAAGUACUCCCAAAGUUCCCUUGAAGAGUUUGAAUCAUAUCAUGGCGAAUGUCGUUCUAAAGAAGCAUCAUGUGCUGCUUGCUGUGAUAUAAGCAGAUCCCUGAUAGAAGAGCUAAGAUUAAAACUGCAAAUGAAAGAUGCAGAGAUUCAGAGAAUCAUGGUCAAUAAGAUAGCUCAAGACUGUUUUGAUGAAAGUGAAGGACAAGAAUGCAGUGGAUUGUACAGCCUGGAAGCUGAGCAAGCAAGACUUACUGGAGAUCCAACAGUGAGAAAAUGCCAGCAAUUGGAACUGAUCAGUAAUAAGUUUGAAAAGGAGAAGCAGAAAUUAGUGAAACGUCUAAAAGAGUUGCAUGCCAAGCUGGAAAAAUCUGAAGAAGAGAAUUCGUCUUUAAAGGCUGACAUGGCCCAGCGAACUAGUCAGUUUCAAGCAAUACAGGAAGAACUAUUGGAGAAAGCUACAAAAUUUACAAACAUGGAACGAGAAGCAGCAAGGAAAUCUUCUAAAAUUUCAGCUCUUGGAAAACAGUUGGAAGAAAAAACAACUGCAUAUACAAAUGCUGCCUUAAGAAAUACUGAACUGGAACAGAACCUAAUGGAAGUACAUUCUAAGCUUCACGACUUGGAAAGAAACAUUGCUGAGGAACAUGAGCAGUUCAUUAGAACUCUGGAAGAAACAAAGCUGAUUCAUCUUGAGCAACACAAAGAAAUGGAAAAACAGAUUGAAUUACUUCAGACUCAACUGGAGACCAAAAACCAGCAACUCCAGGAGCAAGAGAAGACUGUGUCCAUUUUACACCAUGAUAUUAUAUGUAAACAACGUCAGCUUGAAUCACUGGACCGACAAUUGGUAGACAGCAAAGAGGCAAUGGAAAAGCAGAGCAUCAAGAACAAUGAAACUUUGAAGACGUUACAGGGCCAGUUAACUGAGGAAACAAUAAAGGUCAGACAGCUACAGACAGCACUAGAUAUCUGUCAGGAAGAGCUAGCAUUGUAUUUGAGUCGACUAGAAGAAAAUAAGGAGUCAUUUGAGAAGCAGCUGAAGAAGAAAUCUGAAGAGGUACAACGGCUGCAAAAAGAAAUCAAGAUUAAAAAUGACAACCUUCAAGCAACCAGUGAACAAAAUCUCCUUCUACAGCAGGCACUACAGCAGCAGCAGCAAAUGUUGCAUCAGGAAACUAUUAGAAAUAGUGAUCUAGAAGAUGGCCAAGCUAGACUUCAAAAGCAGUUAUUAAAACUAGAACAAGAGCUCCAAAAGCAAAAAGAAGAUUCAGAAGAAGAGUUGAGAAGAGCAAAUGAGAGGCUCCAUUUAUCCUCCGAGGAAAAUGAUUUGAAAAGACAAAAAGUGACAGAACUUACCAGCACAAUCAGGCAAAUCAAAACGGAGAUGGAUCAGUGCAAAGAUGAGUUAUUAGACAUGGAGAAAGAAUUAGUGCACUUAAGACGAGAGAGUCACUCUAAAGCUAUGCAGCUGAGCCAUUUGGAAAUGGCUUUGGAUCAGAAACAUUCAGAACUGCGUAAAAAGACACAACAAGUAAAAAUAUUAGAAGAGAAAUUACUUCAGAGUGAGAUGCAGCAAAAGGAUGCUGUACAGAAAAGGGAAUCACUAGAAACUGACUUGCAAAAUGCCAAUGAGGAACAAAAAGCCACUUUGAGACGGCUAGAGGAACUUCAGGACAUGCUGCAAAAAGCACAGAUGUCUAUGGAGGAGAAGUAUGCUGCUAUCCAGGAUUUGUCAGAGGAACUAAGGGAAUGCAAGGAUGAAAUUGAGGACAAAAAGCAAGAACUUAUUGACAUGGACCAAGCAUUGAAAGAAAGGAAUUGGGAGUUGAAACAAAGAGCAGCUCAGGUUACACAGUUGGAUAUGACAAUUCGUGAACACAGGGGAGAGAUGGAACAAAAAAUUAUUAGAUUAGAAGGAGAUUUGGAGAAAGCAGAUCUACAGAUCAGGGACUGUAAUAGACAGAUUGAGAUCUUGGAGAGCAAACUACAUAAGUCAAAUGAAGAGCUUCAUCAGAAAGAAUUUGACAUACUCCAACAAGAGCAGGAGAUAAUUCAACUUAAAAAAGACGUUGAAAGAAAACAGCAAAGAAUAACAGGCAUUGAGAAAACAGUGAAAGAAGAGGAAAAGUGCAUUGCAGGUCAGCACAAAGAAGUACUGGAUUUAGGUCAGCAGCUGAGGCUAGAACGUGAACAGAUGAAAUGCAUGCACACAGAACUACUGGAGAGUCGCCGUCAGCUGGCUCAGGUUCAGAGGGAUGCAGAGAGGAUCUCUCACAAAUUAGAAGAAGUGAACCAUCUCUCCCAGGAAAAAGAAGCUCGUGCAAAUUAUUUGGCAGAAGAACUGGGGGCAGCUCAGGCCCGGGAAGCUCAAUUAGAAGCAAGAAUGCAGGCAGAGGUUAAGAGGCUCUCAGCAGAAGUGCACUCACUAAAGGAAUUGUAUAAAUCAGAGAAACUAAUACACGAAACAGAGCGGACAAAAUGGCAGCAGUCUACAGAGUUUCAGGUAUCUAAAUCUCAUCAUCUUAAUGAGCAACUGAAGCAGUUGAAUCUGGAGCUAGAAGAUGCCCAAGACACCGUCUGUAAUCUGCAACAGCAACUUGAGUCUAGAAAUAUGCUGGUUCAAGCAGCAAAUGAAGCCCUGCUUCUCAAAGAAUCUGAAGUUACACGACUACAAACUAGAAUUGCAGGUCAUGAAAGAACAGAAGGCAUCAAACAAUUAUCAGUCCUAAAGGAGAUAACUCCUCACCUGUGGUCUGAUGAUAAAGAAGUGAACUUUUCUGAGCUCUCUCAUAUCUCCUGUGAUAAACACAGAAAAUUGCGUCGCUCUACAAGUGCUAGUGAUCUAUAUAUAAAAGAUGAUGGGGAUUUUUUACACCUUAAAGAGAUACUAGUAUUAGACUCUUCAGUGCCUUGUAAAAGCCUAAAAGAUACAACUUUUGCUUCAGAAAAAAGCCCAAGUGAAUCUUCAUUUGAUCCCUUGGCAUAUACUGUAGAUGAAGACGUGACUUGUGACAGUAAUGACUUCCACACUCUUAGUGGAAUGCUAAAAUAUAUCAACAAAGAGAUGAAAAAGUCUAAAAAUUCAUCCCUCUAAUUUUCACCUGAUGCAAAUGCAAAGGAGAAUCAAGUACAAAGCCUAUGAAGACAUACCUCAAGCAAGCAGUCAAC